AUGUCUUCCAACGACCAAACCAAGACCCAAGACGUUACCAUGACCGAGGCCCAACAACCUCAAGAACAACAACAACAAGACAAGAGCAAGCAAGAGCUCGUAAAGAUCAUCAAGCACUACAAGGAUAAGCUUGACAAGCUGGUUUCCCAAUUCAGUGAAGUCAUGGAGACCGCAAGUACCGAGCAAAUUCAGUUGCGUCAAGCUGACAUUGCCAAGGCCCAAAAGGCUCUCGAUAGCUUCCGCUAUACCUAUGAGCGGGAAUACGGUGAAAAACCGAAACCUGCUAAGAAGGAGAAGGAAGCUAAAAAGGCUAAGGAAGGUGGCAAUACCACUACCAAAGGCUCUGAUAGGAUGUCCGCUAAGGAAGUGUCAUUGUUCCAGAUUGCUGGUUUCUCUGUGUUCGAUAGCAGCACGGAGGUAUACCCAACUGCGGAGCACUUUUUGAACCGCUUCGAAAAGAUCUUGAAUGCCAAUACCAU